GGCGCUGCGACGGUCGGCGGGCGGAAUUGGCUGCGCGGACCCGCUCUUCUUUGGGCUCAGCGCGCUGGCAUUUCGCUGCUCGUCUUAAAGCCUCGGCUGGUUUCUGAUCUCCAGUGGCGACCAUCGCUUUGACAGUCAUCAUGAUCCCUGACAAGAUACCAGUUGGAGGAGACAUCUACUAUGGUGCUGCUGAAAUUACUAAAGGGGCUCAUGUGCCGAAUUUCCAAAAAUACAAGGAACUGUACUUACAUUCCAUACAGAACCCGGAAGAGUUCUGGGGGAAAAUUGCGAAAGAAUUCUACUGGAAAACGCCCCAAACUGGCAGUUUCCUGGACUAUAACUUUGAUCAUACAAAAGGAAAAGUUUACGUCAAAUUGAUGGAAGGUGCUACUACAAAUAUAUGCUACAAUCUCUUGGACAGAAACGUUUAUGACAAAAAGCUGGGGGAUAAAAUUGCAUUUUACUGGGAAGGGAAUGACCCUGGGGACAGUAUGGAAAUAACUUAUAAGGGCCUUUUACAGCAAGUCUGCAAAUUUGCCAAUGUUCUACGAGCUCAGGGAGUGAAGAAAGGAGACAGAAUUGCAAUAUACAUGCCUAUGAUUAUAGAAUUGGUUGUUGCCAUGUUAGCUUGUGUCAGAAUAGGCGCAAUCCAUUCCAUUGUGUUUGCAGGAUUUUCUUCAGAAUCUCUGUGUGAAAGAAUUCUGGAUUCUCGCUGCACUUUUUUGGUUACAGCAGAUGGAUUCUACAGAGGUGAUAAACUCAUAAACCUGAAGCAGGUAGUGGAUGAAGCACUGAGGAAGUGCAGAGAGAGGAACUUCCAUGUGCGCAAAUGCAUUGUUGUAAAGCACAAUGGAGGAACAGAAGAAGCUGGUGAAGCUGAGACUUCAAUUACUCCGGAAUCACCUCCUGCAAAGCGGCCCUGUCAGGGUAAGGACAAUGAGGAAACAAAGAAUACUCAUCAUAAAAUCCAGGUACCGUGGAAUGCAGAUGUUGAUGUUUGGUGGCAUGAGCUAUUGAAGGAAGCCAGUGAUGAAUGUGAACCGGAAUGGUGCAAGACUGAAGAUCCUCUGUUUAUCCUUUACACUAGUGGAUCAACCGGAAAGCCAAAGGGUGUUCAGCAUACAAUUGGAGGCUAUCUUCUUUACACUGCUACAACCUUUAAGUAUGUAUUUAACUACCAACCGGAUGAUAUCUAUUGGUGUACAGCUGACAUUGGAUGGAUUACAGGACAUUCGUAUGUCACUUAUGGACCUCUGGCAAAUGGUGCAACGAGUGUCAUGUUUGAAGGUAUACCAACUUACCCAGAUUCAAGUCGAUUCUGGGAGGUAAUCGAUAAGUACAAAGUGACAACGUUUUACACUGCACCCACGGCUAUUCGACUGUUAAUGAAAUUUGGAGAUGGUCCAGUUAAAAGGUUUAGUAGGCAGUCUUUGAAAAUCCUUGGUACAGUGGGAGAGCCAAUAAACCCAGAGGCCUGGCAUUGGUACUAUACAGUAAUUGGUAAUGGGCGAUGUCCAAUUAUGGAUACCUUCUGGCAGACCGAGACUGGUGGUCACAUGAUAACUCCUCUUCCAGCUGCUAUCCCACAGAAGCCAGGAUCAGCUACUUUUCCCUUUUUUGGUGUGGUUCCUGCCAUUCUUAAUGAAUCUGGAGAGGAGCUAGAAGGAGAGGCCGAAGGUUAUCUGGUAUUCAAGAAACCUUGGCCCUCUAUAAUGCGUACCGUUUAUGGCAAUCAUGAACGUUUUGAAACCAUCUAUUUUAAAAGGUUUCCUGGAUAUUUUGUCACCGGAGAUGGUUGCAGGAGAGAUCGAGAUGGUUAUUACUGGAUCACAGGAAGGAUUGAUGACAUGGUGAAUGUAUCUGGGCAUCUUUUGAGUACUGCAGAAGUGGAAUCUGCAUUAAUUGAACAUGCUGCCGUAGCAGAAGCUGCUGUUGUUAGCCACCCCCAUCCUGUGAAGGGAGAGAGCCUCUACUGCUUUGUGACUCUAAAGGAUGGACACGAGUUUACUAAUACAGUUGUCACUGAACUGAAAAAUCAAGUUCGAGAAAAAAUAGGUCCUAUUGCUACUCCUGAUUACAUACAAAAUGCACCUGGAUUGCCCAAAACCCGCUCUGGUAAAAUUAUGAGGCGCAUUUUGAGGAAAGUUGCCCGAAAUGAGGAGGAUCUUGGAGAUGUAUCAACUCUUGCAGAUGAAUCAGUUAUAGACGAACUCUUCAGCAACAGAUGCAAAACCACUUAAAAUAGAUUUAUAUAUAUUCAGUAUACAUGAAAAUUCAUCACAUGUAAUUUAAUAAAUAUAUAAUGUGCUUGGGGAAAAACAAUCCUGAUCUAUAGAAAACCUGAGGCUAAAAUAUCAAAGAAUUCUAUAGAUCAUGGUGAUAAAUGAUUGGUUUGUGGGAUACUGUAUUGAUGUUUGUUUUUAUGGGGAAUUAAUUUCAAUAAGUAAUGCAUUUGCAAUAAUUUUGAUUUUAGCAACAUUUUAAAACUACAACAUUUUAAAUAUUUGUUUUUUUGCAUUGUGUUGUCUGUAUUUCAUAUAUAUAUAUAUAUAUAUAUAUAUAUAUAUAUAAAAAAAAGUUUGCUUUUUGUGUAGUAUUACACCAAACAUUCCAAACUAUUUUAAGCAAAGAUUUUUAGAAAAUUAUCUUUUUGUUUUAAUAAUAAAACAGAUGAGAGUAAGUGUUUUACCUUUUGAUUGUAGACAAGAAGUCAUGGACUUCUGCAUUAUUUUGUUACACUGUUCCAGAGUUAAGUUACUAUUAAUUCUUCUUAUUGGAUUUUUGACCAUUUUGGGAAGACUAUUUUAAAUGUUUUUCUUUUUUUAAAAAAAAGUGACUUUAGAGAUAUAUAUGUUCUAUUGGAAGGCAUAACAUUGGAUUAUUUGUUUACUCCUAGCAUUCUGUUCCAACACUACUCGUGGUAUUUAUGGAACUCCAUUUUUCUUACUGGAUGAGAAUUUUUAUUGAAAAUAGUGUGCACUUAUGCUUGCAAAUUAUAUUUUACCUAGUCUUUGGCACUGCUUUAACUGAUGAAUAUGUAUGCUUCAAUUAAAACGCAUUUUUUUGUACAUAUCGUGUUCUCACACAAGAUGUGGUUCAAGGAAUACAAAAUUAACAUUUAACCAUUGUUCCCGUGUUCUUGAAUGUUUUAUAGAUGGCCAAAACAGUAGACUUACCUCCAGUAGACUUAAUCAGUCUGAGUAUUUGUGACUGGUUGAUUUAAGUUUCUAGGCAACUCCAGAUUUGUUAAUGGUAAGGUAAUUCAAUGGUGACGUUAGUUGGUUAGACUUGAAGGUGGUUAUUUUGUCUAGUAAUCAUCAAACAAACAUUUCUGCAUCUUGCAUAAAGGUGGAAGGAGGGCAUUAAUGAAGAGGUAAUAUACUGCCCUCAGUGAGUGCUGUAUUGAUAUCCCGGGACUGAGACAAUUAACUUUCAAUAACUAUAGUCACCGUCUUUUGGCUAAAUACAGCUGCAGUGAAUGGUGAAUUUUUACCCCAGACUAGUAGAUUGUUGAUAGCAAUGUCAAAUGGUUCUGAUCAUUUGUAGGUCAAGCCAGACAGCUAUGUCCUUCAGGACUUGGUCAUACAGUGAUGGUGAUGCUAAGCUUUUUUUUAAAAAAAUGUCUGUUAAAGUCUUCUAUCAAACAUAUAUUCUUAGUUGUAGUUUCUCCUCAGCACAUCCUCCAAGUAGUCUUCAUGCACAAAGGAUUCCUGUUUAAAGUCAAAGUAAAUAUAUUAUCAAAGUACAGUAUGUAUAUGUCACCAUAUGCUACCUUGGGUUUCAUUUUCUUGCAGGCAUUUACAGGAAAAUAAAAAUACAAUAGAAUUUAUGAAAAGCUAUACACAAAAUGAGAUGAGGGUUGAGAUUUUAAAUGGGAGAAAGGCCAAUUUUGAUGGUAUCAGAAAGAACCUAGCAAGUGUCGAUUGUGACAGGUUGGUUUUUGGCCAAGGUGUACUGGGUGAGUGGGAGGCCUUCAAAAGUGAAAUUUUGAAAGUACAGACUUUGUGUGUUCCUGUCAGAAUAAAAGGCAAUGAUAUAGAUUUUAGGGAACCUUGGUCUCUAGAGUUCACAUAGAAUGAUCUGGAAAAACAAAGAUCAUCAAGUGAGUAGCAAUUCUGUGGAUGAAAUUGCCUUGUUAAUGAGAGGUCAGAGGAGAAUGGCCUGACUGGUGGAAGCUGAUGGGAAAGUGAGAGUAACUCAAAUAACCGCAGGCUGCAUCAAAGGUGGGGAGAAAAACAUGGGCUAUAGCAGCAGAAGACCACACUGAGUCCCACUCUUGUACCUUUUAUUAAAAAAAAGUGGCCACCAAGUGUAUAUACAGGAUAAGAACUUGUUCCACCAUACCACACUAAUUCUGACCCAAAAGCAAAGGAGAAAGAACCAGAACUUUGCAAGAAAGUGAAGGAAAGGAAAUGAGAUAGGUAGAAUCACCUUAAACAAACUGCACUAACUGCUGCCUGUACUCUACCUAAUUCCAAACUUUGAAUUUGUACAAUUGCUGUGAUAUACAGUAUGCAUUGUUUUGCACCCUGGUCCCUGAGGAAUAUUGUAUCAUUUAGCUGUAUACAUGUACAGUUGAAUGCAAUAAACUUGAACCUGAAAGCAAGAAAAUUAACUGAAAACAUUAAUACCACUUAGAUCUCAGUUUUGGUCAAGAUGGCACUCAGCUGUGAUAUCUGUAGAUGUGGCUCAGAUUUUCUUUUUCUUUUAGGUUCAUAGGGAUGAUUUUGGGACAACAUGGUGAUUAGGGCUUAAGGACAGGAAUAAGAGAGAUUUAUAAGACAGGGACAGGAUCCUAUCCAAGCACAUAAGUGCAACUGUGGGGGGAAAAAAAAGGACAGCAGCGUCUCUACUUCCUUAGAAGUUUGCGGAGGUACAGCAUGACAUCGAAGCCUUUGGCAAACUUCUAAUGAUGUGUAGUGGAGAGUAUAUUGACUGGCUGCAUCCUGGCCUGGUAUGGAAACACCAAUGCCUUUGAAUGGAAAAUCUUACAAAAGAUAUUGGAUGCAGCCCAGUACAUCAUAGGUAAAGCCUUCCCAACCAUUGAGCACAUCUAUAUGAAAUGCUGUCAUAGGAGAGCAGCAUCCAUCAUCAGGGAUCCCUACCACCCAGACCAUGCUCUUUCUUUCACUGCUGCCAUCAGGAAGAAGGUACAAAAGACUCAGGACUCACACCACCAGGUUCAAGAACAGUUAAUACCCCUCAACCAUCAGGCUCUUGAACAAAAGGGGAUAACUUCACUCAAUUUCACUUGCUCUGUCAUUGAAACAUUCCUACAACCAAUGAUCUCACUUUCAAGGACUCUUUAUCUCAUGUUCUCGUUAUUUAUAUUUGCAUUUGCACAGUUUGUUAUCUUCUGCACUCUGAUUGAUCAUUCCUUGAUCCUGUUAUAGUUACUAUUCUACAGAUUUGCUGAGUAUCCCCACAAGAAAAUGAAUCACAGGGUUGUAUAGGGUGACAUCCCUGUACUUUGAUUAUAAAAUUUACUCUGGACUUCAGGCCAGUGUUGAGUCCAGGUUGGUGUGCUUCAUGAUUGAUGCUGAGCGAGUCUGGAAGUUGGGUUGGCAAAGACCACCGAUUCCCAAGUCGGUGAGUCCUGGGUCAGAGGUCUGUAGAGUCAGGAGUCACAAGGGCCAGUAAUCCACCCCCAGAGGUCUCUGAAUACAGAAGUUGAUGCCAAAUCUAUGAUUACUGAAGGUCAAAUCUAUGAUUACUGAGCUAGGAGUUGAGCCUGAAAGUUAAACCUGUGAUUGUGGUGUCUUGGGGUUGAUAACCAGAAGUCGUUGAGGUCCAGUCCAGAGGGCAAAGCUCGAGGUCGAAGUCCAGAACUCGUAGAGUCUGAUGGUCAAAGCCUCUGGGUCGGGUUGUCCGGAGGGCAAGGGCCCAAUGGUUGUGAGUUUGGGUCAGUGAUGACAGGUUGGAGGACCUAUGUGUAUGAAUUUGAGGACAAAGACUAGAGCCUACAAGAACUGACCAGAAGAGGAUUUUUGUUAUCAGGAUUGCAUGAUCAUACAACAGUAUCUCAACUUUGAAUAGCUAGUUCUUGUAGUCUGUAACAUUGUACCUUUGCUGAAUGAGAACCCUUUUCCUCAACGUUGUGCAGCAAUCCUCUCAUCAGAAUCUAAAGCAACUUCCUUAUUUUUAAUUCUACUGUAAAUCAACGUGGAUACACAUUAAAUAGACAGUGGUUGGAGUCUUGAUUUAGAUAUGUGUGUUCUUGCCUUACCGAAACCUUACAAAUGUUACAAUGAUUGGUCAUACAAUGGACUCAUACCCUCCAAUUUUGCUACAUUAUUGAUUUCACUUGCUUUGUUCACUACUGAAAUUAAAGUGUAAGCUAGAAUUAUUGAUUUCUUGAAACUUUAUCCUACAUUUAAAGCACCCUGACUGUUCAAAAAUCAACAUCAUAAUUAGUUCACCUAAAUCUUUUUUCAUUAAAAGUUUGCAUGUGCUAAUAUUUGAGUCCAAUUAUCUAUUCCACUCAACUUUUGUUCUUUGAAAUUAUUCUGGGCAUACACAGCACAUUAUGAAAUUAGCAGGUAAACUGUAGUUGUAUCUCCUAUACUGAAAAUAUAAACUCAUCUUGAUAUUUUGUGGUGAACAUUCUUUACAUCCAAUUAAAGGUAAUGUUUUGGGAAGAGUGGGUUAUGGAACAAAAGCAAAAUGUAAGGCAGUUGCAGAUUAUUUCGGACAAAUGAAACAGCGCCAAUGAUAGAUCACCAUUUAUCAUUCAGCGAAGAAAACAUUGACUGGCUGCAUCAUGGCCUGGUAUGGAAAUGCCAAUGUUUUUGAAUAGAAAAUCCUACAAAAAGAAGUGGAUUCACUCAAGGACAUCACGGGUAAAGCCCUCUCAACCAUUGAGUGUAUUUACAUGAAACACUGUUACUACCCCUCAACUAUCAGGCUCUUAAAUAAAAAGGGAUGACUACACUCAACUUCAUUAGCCCCAGCACUGAAAUGUUCUCACAGCCAAUUAUCUUACUUGCAAAGAAAACAUGGAAAUCUUACAGCACCUUACAGGCCCUUUGGCCCACAACGUUUUGCUGACCACUCCAGAAGCUGCUGAGAAUUUCCUUACCACAUAACCCUCUAUUUUCUAAGCUCCAUGUACCUAUCUAAGAGGCUCUUAAAAGACCCGAUUCUAUCUGCCUCUCCCAUCGUCGCUGACAGUGCAUUCCAUGCACCCAACACUCUCUGUGUGAAAAACUUACCCCUGACAUCUCCCUUGUGCUUACUUCCAAGCACCUGAAAACUAUGCCCCCUCCCGUUAUUCAUUUCAGCCCUGGGGAAAAAGCCUAUGGCUAUCCACAUGAUCAAUGCCUCUCAUCAUCUUAUACACCUCUAUCGGGUCACCUCUCAUCCUCCAUUGCUCAAAGGAGAAAAGGCCAAGUUCACUCAACUGAUUCUCAAAAGGCAUGCUCUCCAAUCCAGGCAACAUCCUUGUAAAUCUCCUCUGCACUCUCUCUUUAGUAUCCACAUCCUUCCUGUAAUGAGGUGACCACAAAUGAACACAGUGCUCCAAGUGGGGUCUAACUUAAGGGCUUAUAUAGUUGUAAUAUUACCUCACGACUCUUGAACUCAAUCCCAUGGUUGAUGAAGGCCAACACACUAAACACCUUAACACACUGUCAACCUGUGCAGCAGCUUUGAGUGUCUUAUGGACAUGGACCCCAAGAUCUCGCUGAUCCUCCACACUGCCAACAGUCUUACCAUUAAUAUUAUAUUCUGUCUUCAAAUUUGACCCACCAAAAUGAAUCACUUCAUACUUAUUUGGGUUGAACUCCAUCUACCACUUCUCAGCCCAGUUCUGCAUCCUAUCGAUGUCAAGCUAUAACCUCUGACAACCCUCUGGACUAUCCACAACACCCCCAACUUUUGUGUCAUCAGCAAACUUACCAACCCAUCCUUCUACUUCCUCAUCCAGGUCAUUUAUAAAAAUCACAAAGAGGAGGGGUCCCAGAACAGAUCCCUGUGGAACACCACUGGUCACCGUUCUCCAUGCAGAAUAUGACCCAUCCACAAUCAUCCUUUGCAUUGUGUAGUCAAGCCAAUUCUGGAUCCACAAAGCCAGGUCUUCUUGGAUCCCAUGCCUCAUUACUUUCUGAAUGAGCCUUGCAUGGAACCUUAUCAAAAGCCCUACUGAAAUCCAUACACGCUACAUCCACUGCUCUACCUUCAUCAAUGUGUUUUGUUACAUCCUCAAAGGAUUCAGUCAGGUUGGUAAGGCAUGACCUGCCCUUGACAAAGCCAUGCUGACUGUCCCUAAUCGAGUUAUGUCUCUCUAAAUGUUCAUAAAUUCUGCCUCUCAGAAUCUUUUCCAACAACUUGCCCACCACUGAAAUAAGACUCACUGGUCUAUAAUUUCCAGGAUUUUCUCUACUCCCUUUGUUGAACAAGGGAAACAACGUUUGCAACCUUCCAAUCCUCUGGUACUUCUCGUGGCCCUAUUGAUGCAAAGAUCAUCGCCAGAGGCUCAGCCAUCUCCUCCCCCACUUCCCACAGUAGUCUGGAGUAUAUCUCGUCCAGUCCCAGCAAAUUAUCUAACUUAAUACCUUUUAAAAGCUCCAGUACACCCUCUUUCUUAAUGUCCAUACACUCAAGCAUUUCAGUCCGCUGUAAGUCAUCCCCACAAUCACCAAGGUCCUUUUCACUGGUGAAUACUGAAGCAAAGUAUUGAUUAAGUACCUCCGCUACCUCCUCUGACUCUAUGCAUACGUUUCCACCAUGGCACCUGAUUGGUCCUAUUCUCACAUGGCUCAUCCUUUUGUUUUUCACAUACUUGUAGAAUGCCUUGGGGUUUUCUUUAAUCCUGCUCGCCAAGGCCCCUUCUAGCUCUCCUAAUUUCAUUCUUGAGCUCCUUUCUGGCACCCUUGUAAUUUUCUAUAGCUCUAACAGUACCUAGUUUCUUGAACCUUUCAUAAGCUUUUCUUUUCUUCUUAACUAGAUUUUCAACAGCCUUUGUACACCACAGUUCUUUUAUCCUAUAAUCCUUUCCCAACCUGAAUAGAACACACCUAUGCAGAACGCCAUGCAAAUAUUCCCUGAAUAUUUGCCACAUUUCUGCUGUGCAUUUCCUUGAGAACAUCUGCUCCCAAUUUAUGUUCCCCAGUUCCUGCCUAAUAACAUCAUAUUUCCCCCUACCCCAAUUAAAUGUUUUUCCAAAUUGUCUGCUCCUAUCCUUCUUCAGCGCCAUGGCAAAGGAGAUAGAGUUGUGAUCACUACCUCCAAAAUGUUCUCUGACCGAGAGAUCCGACACCUGAGCAGGUUUAUUUCCCAAUACCAGAUCAAAUACAGCCUCUCCUCCAGUUGGCUUAUCUACAUACUGCAUCAAGAAACCUUCCUGAACACACCGAACAAACUCCACCCCAUCUAAACCCCUUGCUCUAAGGAGAUGCCAGUCAAUAUUAGGAAAAUUAAAAUCACCCAUCACAACAAUCCUACUAUUAUUGCACUGUUCCAGAAUCUACCUCCCUAUCUGCUCCCCGAUGUCUCUGUUACUAUUGGGGGGGGGGGGUCUAUAAAAACACACACAGUAGAGUUAAAAUGACUCAGUAGACAAUCCCUCCAUGACUUCCUCCUUUUCUGCAGCCAUGAUACAAACUCUGAUUAGCAGUGCACUCCCCACCUCUUUUGCCCCCCUCCCUGUCCUUUUUGAAAUAUCUGAAGCUCAGCACACUCAGCAGCCAUUCCUGCCCGAGUCAUCCAAGUCUCUGUAAUGGCCAAAACAUCAUAGUUCCAUGCUCUAAGUUCAUCUGUUUUGCUUAUGAUACUCCUUGCAUUAAAGUCGACACAUCUGGCUGAGUGUUUCUUUGCUCUAUCAUCUGCCUAUUCUUCCUCACAAACUCCCUACAAGCUGUCACCACUUGUAUGCCAUCCACCCCAUCCUCUGCCUCUUCAGUUCGGUUCCCACCCCCCUGUAAAUCUAGUUUAAACCCUCCACAGUAGCAUUAGCAAACCUCCUUCCCAGGAUAUUGGUUACCCUCCAGUUCAGGUGCAACCCGUCCCACUUGUACAGGUCACCCCUUCCCCAGAAAAGGUUCCAAUAAUCCAAGAACUUGCAACCCUUUAUCUCAAAGAGUGGGAAUAAACGGGACCUUUUCAGAAUGGCAGGCAGUGACUAGUGGGGUACCAUAAGGCCCAGUUGAUUACAAUAUAUAUUAAUGACUUGGAUGAGGGAAUUAAAUGCAGCAUCUCCAAGUUUGCGGAUGACACAAAGCUGAGCGACAGUGUUAGCAGUGAGGAGGAUGCUAAGAGGAUGCAGAGUGACUUGGAUAGGUUGGGUGAGUGGGCAAAUUCAUGGCAGAUGCAAUUUAAUGUGGAUAAAUGUGAAGUUAUCCACUUUGGUGGCAAAAACAGGAAAACAGAUUAUUAUCUGAAUGGUGGCUGAUUAGGAAAAGGGGAGGUGCAAUGAGACCUGGGUGUCAUUAUACACCAGUCAUUGAAAGUGGGCAUGCAGGUACAGCAGGCGGUGAAAAAGGCGAAUGGUAUGCUGGCAUUUAUAGCGAGAGGAUUCGAGUACAGGAGCAGGGAGGUACUACUGCAGUUGUACAAGGCCUUGGUGAGACCACAACUGGAGUAUUGUGUGCAGAUUUGGUCCCCUAAUCUGAGGAAAGACAUCCUUGCCAUAGAGGGAGUACAAAGAAGGUUCACCAGAUUGAUUCCUGGGAUGGCAGGACUUCCAUAUGAAGAAAGACUGGAUGAACUAAGUUUGUACUCGUUGGAAUUUAGAAGAUUGAGGGGGGAUCUGAUUGAAACAUAUAAAAUCCUAAAGGGAUUGGACAGGCUAGGUGCAGGAAGAUUGUUCCCGAUGUUGGGGAAGUCCAGAACGAGGGGUCACAGUUUGAGGAUAAGGGGGAAGCCUUUUAGGACUGAGAUUAGGAAAAACUUCUUCACACAGACAGUGGUGAAUCUGUGGAAUUCUUUGCCACAGGAAACAGUUGAGGCCAGUUCAUUGGCUAUAUUUAAGAGGGAGUUAAAUAUGGCCCUUGUGGCUACGGGGAUCAGGGGGUAUGGAGGGAAGGCUGGUGCAGGGUUCUGAGUUGGAUGAUCAGCCAUGAUCAUAAUAAAUGGCGGUGCAGGCUCGAAGGGCAGAAUGGCCUACUCCUGUACCUAUUUUCUAUGUUUCUAUAUCAUGUUCUCCUUUUUUAUUGCUAAUUAUUUACAUUUACAUAGUUUGUUGUCUUUUGCACUCUGUUUAUCUUUCCUUGAUCUUGUUAUAGUUACUAGUCUGUAAAUUUCCUGAUUAUGCCCACAAGACAAUGAAUCUCAGGGUUAUAUAUGGUGACAUAUAUGUACUUUGAUAAUAAAAUUUACUUUGGACUUUGAACAGUGUGCAAUUCUGUAUUUCUGAAAUAUGUACACAUGCUGUAAAUCAUUUGCUUUCCUCUUUUUGACAAACUUUCCCAAUAUAUAAUAGCAGUUAUUGGUAUGAUUAAU